CAUAAGAAAUUCGAGUCAUUCCAGGUCAAAUCCUAACCUCUUGAGCCUCUCUCUAUUACAAAGACAAGUAGACAACAAGACUUGUCCCUGCCUAUAAAUCAAAAAAAAUGCCGAUUACAGCAGCGGAUAUCAACAAAAUGUUUCGCACAGCCAAAUAUUUUGAUGGCGUUCUAAAUAAGGUGAAUGUUACGGCGUUAGCCAAUGGCAAGUGCACAGCGGAGCUGACCUUAGAGGAAGAACAUACCAAUAUUAUGGGAGGCCUACAUGGAGGGCUGUCAGCCACUUUAGUGGAUUGCAUUUCCAGCUACGCUCUAGUCAGCAAGACUUCGUUACCGCACGUUUCUGUACACAUCAAUACCGAAUACAUUAAGGGCGCUAAACUGGGAGAUCAAAUCGAGAUUUUCGGCAAUACGGUGAAAAUGGGCAAGAGUCUCGCCUUCCUUGAAGUGCUCAUUAAAGAUAAGAAUACGGGGGCUCUGUUAGUGAAGGGAUCGCAUACGAAAUUCCUUCUGGCGCCCAAAGAAUGACUUCAACAGUUUAUAUUAGUAGCAUUGAUUUGUAUAUAUUUACACUAAUUUUUUUUAAAAUAUAGAAAUGUGCUGAAGCGAA